AUGAGUCUGGAAAUCUUUUCAAUAUCGAUUGAAGAAUUCGAUAAGAUAAUCAGUAUAUUACAAAAUGAUCCAUCAGCAUUGGAAAUAGACGAAUCAAUUGAUACUUUGUCACAAUCUAAGUUGACAUCAAGCUUACAAUUAAUUCUUGUAACUACAUUAUUGAACCAUUUGAUUCCAAAAGUGUAUAUGAACUUACCUAGAGAUAUCCAAUCUCGAGUCGUUCUGGUGCUUCGAUCUAUAGUUGGAUUGGGCAAUUUGCUUGGAAGAAUAUCAAUCCUUUGUAAGAAUAACGACCAACCACUUCUCAAACUAUACGUUGAAAUACUUCAAUCUGUUAUUUGCCCGAAACUAGUUAGUGACCACUUGUUAUUACUUUCAGAUGAGGGCAAAUUGGGAACAAACUUAGUUGAAGCUAGAGAAGUGGAUAAAUUAUUAUUCAAGGGGAAAUGCUUUGCCAUAGUAAAUGAAGCUCAAUCUCUUUGUGAGAUGAACUUACGUUCACCAUUCAUAUCAUUGGAAAAUCAUAUUGAGUAUCUUACCAAGGAAUUGAUCUAUAUGUCAUCCAAGGCCGGGACUGAUAAAUCUAUAAAUAAAGGCAUCAACUUAUAUUUAAAUUCAUUAACGUCAUUAGAUAUAUCAGGAUUUAUUUAUGAAACGUUAUUCACUAAAUCGAAUUGGGAGUUUUUCUAUCGAUAUCUUGUUGAUAUGAGACAAUCUGAACGGAAAUUACAAGUGGCAAAAUUAUUAACAGUGUAUUUGCCCAACCGAUUCUAUAGACGUGGUAAUGACAAGUCUAAAGAAAAUAAUAAUUUAGCGUUGAGUACCAUAUUACGUUCAUUGCAAGUGGAAAGAGUUAUAGAUGAUCCAAUAAUAUCACGUACCGUUAACCUUCAAAAUUAUUCAUUAUUAGCCUUAAUUGCAUCCUUGGUGGCAGUCGAUGAAACUAUUCUUACCCGUCAUAUAAACCAAUUAUUAAGAGUCUUCUCAGAUUUAAAUUUACUGAAAACUGAACCCAUUAGUAUACAAAUUUCAAGAACAGUUUUACUUGUACAUAUGAUAUCCUAUCUGAAAUCUGUAAUGCAGAUUCUGAAGGACAAAUUGUUCUUGGAGGCAAUUUCUAAUAGACUUGGCUCCUUUUCCAAUGCUGUAAAAUCACUUGCAGUAGCAUUGGCUGAUAAAGUUUGUGAAUUUUCCAAUCAACCCAAAAUAUUCAAUAUGGAAAAUUUAGAUGGCUUUGAUGAUAAAUUAUUUGCCACAAUUACUGCCGUUAAAGAUACUGAAGAUAAUAUUACAGUAAAUGAUGCUUGGGAGUUGUUACAACUGCCGGAAGUGGAAGAAGUGGAAGAAGUGGAAAUUGUAUCAUCGAAAUUAGAUACUAUUCUGUUAAAGAAUGUGACUAUUGAUUCAGAUGACGAGAGUGAUGAUGAUGACGUUACAGUGACCCCUAAAAAGCGGCUUGUAAAACCAUUAUAUGUCAAGGACUUGCUCAAUUAUUUAUCAGUGGAUACCAAAGAUGAAUUAGCUUUCGAGAAGAGGCGUCUUGCAUUAACGACAGCUCCGACAUUACUUAGACAAAAGGCACAUUUUGGAAAUGAAGUAGAAUUCUAUGCUCAUGACUUACUUAAACAAUUGGUUGCAUUAACUAAUCAUUAUGAAGAGAAGGACUUUGAUAGCUUGCGAUUAAAUGCAAUGAUUGGGUUGGUUGUGAGUAACGUGGAAUCUGCGCCAUAUUUGGUUGAAUUAUUAGCCACAGGUGAUUAUUCUCUUCAGCAAAGAAUGUGUAUCUUAUCUACACUUUCGUUGUCAGCUAGAGAGUUGAAAGGGUUUAAGGAUGAAAUUGUUUCGCAAUCAUGGGAACCAAAGACUUUCCCGACCAACAAACUUCCCGGGAAUCUUCAUAAUAAAUAUUUGGCGUUAGAUGGGAUUGCUCAAGACUUACCCGCAAGUAUCAUAGCUCCUAUGGAGAAAAGUAUUCAAGACGAUUUGAUGAGUGGAGUAUCAGAAGAUGUGAAGGAAUUCUCACAGGGGAAAGUUCUUAGAAUUCUGAGUCGACUCACUAAACUGAAAAAGUCCAACCCAACGUCUCAGCCGAUUGCCAAUUUCUCUAAAAUAAUAGGACCUAAUUUUUUUUCUCCGUUGGUUAAUACGUGGCAUGCCGUGGGUGGAGAUAUCAAUAUAGGACAUUAUUCUUCAAUAUUCAUUGCUCAUUAUAUUAAAACGUUGACAUUAAUUUUACAUUGUGCCUACCCUAGUGCUGUUAAUUUAAACGACAUGAUUAAGGAAUAUUUUCUUAUAUUGACACCACUCGUGCUAAAAGUAAGCCUGGAUCAAAUCCAAUUAGUGGAGAGUAUAGUAACGGGUGUGCUAUUAGUUUGUGAUAUCACAGAUGGGCAAUUUCUUGUAUCAAAUUAUCAUGAGAAUUUACUUAUUUUUCAACAAUGGCUUUCAUCUUCGUGGGAAAGUAUUAUUGAUGAUAAAAUUAAAAGUUUAAGUGCUGGAUUAUUACUUCGUUUGAAUUCCUUAAUGGAGUCAUUUGAAAGAACUUUGUUAGAUCAAACGAAUUCCUUAUACUAA